AUGGCUGCAUUGACUAUGGAUGGAUUUCAAGAAAGUCAACCUUCUGGUCUAAACUUGUUCACUCUACCUCCUACACAAACAGCAGUAGAAAAUGUAUAUUUUGAUGAAAUAAGAUCAACUUCACAAUUAGGUGGUACAGCUCCAAUCGAAUUCACUAUUGCAGCACAGAAUUCCCUAGAAUAUAUAGAUCUCAGAAAAACUCAACUCUAUGUGCGUGCUAGAAUUAGGCAUUCUGAUGGUUCAGAUUUAAAACCAUCCGAAUAUGUUGGACCUGUAAAUAAUUUUUUACAUUCUAUGUUUUCUCAAGUGGAUAUUACUUUGCAAAAUAAACUGGUUACUUCAUCAACUGCACAUUACCCAUAUAAAGCCAUGAUUCAAACAAUGCUAUCUUUCGGCUCUGAAGCUAAGGAAUCCCAGUUAACCAGUUAA